UUUCAACAAGAAGGAUGUCAAACAAUUGUUAUCCCUCGGGAAAGGUGGCCAAUAUACUGGACCAUGAAUAUAAUAUGUCACAUAAACGCCGUGGCAGAGCGUUGAUCUUUAAUAACAAAUACUUUGAGCAGCAACAACUUCCAACACGAGAGGGUACGGAUGUGGAUAGCAAAAGCCUGGGUAAAAUUCUUCAGCAAUUGGGCUUUAACGUUAAGGAAUAUACGGAUUUGACUAGCAGAGCGAUAAUUCGAAAACUUAACAAAGUCGGAAGCCGAGAUCAUUCGGAAUGUGAUUGCAUUCUAAUAGCUAUACUCUCGCAUGGUAAAAUGGGCUCGAUUCAAGCGAAGGAUACGGAUUAUCCGCUGGAGAGCAUAUUGAGCCCCUUCAAGCCUGAGCGAUGUUCUACGUUGGCGGGCAAGCCGAAGCUAUUCAUCAUUCAAGCCUGUCAAGGGGAUCACAAGGAUCCUGGUCAUUACCUCCUGGAACCCUGUUGUACUGCAGGCGACAACGAAUCCUUUAUGAGCUAUAGAAUUCCAUUGCACGCUGACUUUCUGAUUGCCUUCUCAACUAUACCCGGUUACUGCUCCUGGCGCAACACGGUCGAAGGUAGUUGGUUUAUAAAAAGUCUUUGUGAAGAGCUGAGCGCCUGUGGUACAACUCGUGAUAUAUUAACACUGUUGACGUUUGUUGCUCAGCGUGUGGCCUUCAAUUAUGAAAGUUUUCAUCCAAUAGAUGUCAGCUUGCAUCAGAAAAAACAAAUAACGUGCACAAUGUCGACGUUGACCCGUAUUUUGUAUUUUCGCGAUAACGGCGAAGCGGACAAUGAAUAAUUUUGUAAUUCAUCCAAUCACUUUAAGUAAAUAUUUUUGUUAAAAAUAUAUAUUUAAAUUUACACACUAGUUUGUGAAAAUGAGUA